GGGUACUGGUGGCCAUGUUGAGUUAGACGUCUGGAAUCGUGCAGUUAUCAAAUUGAAUUUAGUAAUUCUUCCGCUGUAAAGUAAAAAUGGGAAGCGAAGUCAAGAUGGAGACUGAUAUGGAUAAAACGGACAGCAAGUUAGCAUCGCGAGAUGAGAGAGAGAACGCGGAAAAAGACCGUGAUAAAGACAGGGAUAGACACCGGCAUAAAGACAGACAUCGCAAUAAGGAAUCAGACAGAGAACAUAAGAGAGAAAAAGAAAAGCAUCGUGAUCGAGACAAACGUGAAAAGGACAGAGAUAGGAAGAGAGAUAAAGACAGGGACAGAAAACACCGUAAAAGAUCAAGAUCUAGGUCACCUCACAGAUCCAAAGAUAGCAAGAAGUCAAAACCAGAUGACGACAAAAAUGGUGUAGAAGAACAAGAGGAUGAGCAAGUGAAACCAAAAGUCGAGCCCUUAUCUCUGGAGGAAAUGAUCGCAAGACGAGAGGCUGAAAAGAAGGCACAAGAAAAGCCAACAUUUUUGACUAAAGAACAAAGAGCCAUGGAGGCACUGAAAAGGAGACAGCAGCAAGUAGAAGAACAACGGAAAAAGACUGAGGGGGAGCGCCAAAUGAGGGAGAAGUUUCUAAGAGAGGCACAGUAUUCGAGAGAGGAUGAAGUGGAAAGAGAGAGAAGGGAAAGAAGAGAAAGACGAGAAAAGAACUUGACUGAAGAAGAGGCUGAGAGUGAGAAAGCAAAACUACGAAAGGAAAAAGAUCAGGAGAAAGAAAUCCAAGCAAUAAAGGAGCGAUACCUUGGGGGAGUGAAAAAGAGGAAGAAGAUACGUCGUCUUGCAGACAGAAAGUUUGUGUUUGAAUGGGACACAGGAGAGGAUACUGCUGUGGAUUAUAACCCAAUUUACACUGAUAGACAUCAGAUACAACUCUUUGGAAGAGGACACAUUGGCGGAAUUGACAUAAAGUGGCAGAAGAAAGAAACAGGGAAGUUUUACCAGGAAAUGUUGGAGAAAAGACGAACUCAGGAGGAGAAGAAUCAGGAGGCGUCACGUAUAAAGAAGCAGCGUGAUCUGGAAAAACAGCGUGCUUAUGAUGAUCGUCAUUGGAGCAAAAAGUCUUUGGAGGAGAUGUGUGAAAGAGAUUGGAGAAUUUUGCGGGAGGACUUCACAAUUUCCACAAAAGGUGGUAAGAUACCUCAUCCACUAAGGUCAUGGAAGGAAAGCACUCUACCCAAAGACAUUUUGGAUAUAGUGGACAAACUCGGAUAUGAGGACCCAACACCAAUCCAGCGACAAGCCAUUCCUAUUGGUCUUCAGAAUAGGGAUAUUAUAGGAGUGGCAGAGACAGGCAGUGGAAAAACAGCAGCAUUUUUAAUUCCAUUGUUGGUGUGGAUCAUGGGGCUGCCAAAGAUUGAAAGAGACAUCGACGCAGACAAAGGACCUUAUGCUUUGAUCAUGGCUCCAACCAGGGAAUUAGCACAACAGAUUGAAGAUGAUGCAGCAAAGUUUGGACGUCCUCUUGGUGUUCGGACAGUUUCUGUGAUUGGUGGGCUGUCACGAGAGGAUCAAGGAUUCCAGUUGCGACUUGGAUGCGAGAUUGUUAUUGCCACUCCCGGCCGAUUGAUCGAUGUUCUUGAAAAUCGUUACCUGGUCCUUAGCCGCUGUUCAUACAUUGUUCUUGAUGAGGCAGAUCGUAUGAUCGACAUGGGUUUUGAGCCGGAAGUUCAAAAGAUUUUGGAACACUUACCAGUGAGUAACGUUAAACCUGAUAAUGAAGACGCUGAGGAUCCCGAGAAACUACUGUCCUACAUGGGAAAAGACCGCUUUAGACAGACGGUGAUGUUUACGGCCACUAUGCCUCCGCAAGUGGAACGUAUGGCGAGGAACUAUCUUCGACGGCCUGCUGUGGUUUAUAUUGGUUCUAUAGGCAAACCAGUUGAGAGAGUUGAACAGAAAGUUUACAUGCUUAAUGAAGCUCAAAAACGGAAGAAGCUGUUAGAGAUAUUGAACGGUGGUAUCGACCCUCCCAUUAUAAUAUUUGUCAAUCAAAAGAAGGGAGCUGAUGUAUUAGCAAAGUCCUUGGAGAAAAUGGGCUUCCGUGCCACGACCCUCCAUGGUGGACGAAACCAGGAACAGAGAGAGUUUGCUUUGUCGAGUCUCAAGUCUGGUGCUAAAGAUAUUCUUGUCGCCACUGAUGUAGCGGGGCGUGGUAUUGAUAUCAAGGAUGUCUCGCUUGUUCUUAACUACGACAUGGCAAAGUCUAUAGAAGGCUACACUCAUCGUAUCGGUAGAACUGGUCGCGCUGGAAAGACUGGUAUCUCCGUCACCUUUCUGACCCAGGAAGAUUCAGCCGUGUUUUAUGACCUUAAGCAGACUCUACUGGCCAGUCCGGUGAGCAAUUGCCCGACAGAGCUUGAAAAACAUCCGGAGGCUCAGCACAAACCUGGCACAGUACUGACAAAGAAAAGGAAAGAAGAGACAAUAUUUGUUUAAAAAACCCAUCGUCCCCGAUCAUCCAAGAAUGUCCAAAUCGCAAUAUGUAUCAGAAACAUAACACCCAGAAAACGCUCUAGGAUUGUAAUGCAGACGGAAAAAUUAAAAGUCGUCAAUUCUUCUAAAUUACAA